AUUUUCCGUUGGAGGUUUCAGAGCGCCAGACAGUUCUGCUCCGCGAGAAAAAUACAUCAUAAACAUCCUUAAACUGGUGGGAUUUAUACACUUAUAAGUUAAAGGAUCGAGGACGCGAAGUGAACACCGUUAUUAGGCUCGUCUUGGGUCUGUCUGCGGACCUCGAGUCUCUGCAGUCAUGUCUUCGUCCAUGAAUGGAGGAAAACGGGAGGAAAAAGGCAAGAACAUCCAGGUCGUCGUCAGAUGCAGACCUUUCAACACGGUGGAGCGCAAGUCGUCCUACGGGGUCAUCGACUGCGAUCAGAACAGGAAGGAGGUGACCGUGAGGACGGGAGGCCUUAACGACAAGGCGGCUCGGAAGACCUACACGUUUGACAUGGUGUUCGCUCCGGCCGCCAAGCAGAUCGACGUCUACCGCAGCGUCGUCUGUCCCAUCCUGGACGAGGUCAUCAUGGGCUACAACUGCACUGUGUUUGCUUACGGUCAGACUGGAACUGGGAAGACGUUCACCAUGGAAGGAGAGAGGAGCCCCAACGAGCAGUUCACCUGGGAGGAGGACCCUCUGGCCGGCAUCAUCCCACGAACGCUGCACCAGAUCUUCGAGAAGCUCUCCGAGAACGGGACCGAGUUCUCGGUGAAGGUGUCGCUGCUGGAGAUCUACAACGAGGAGCUGUUCGACCUGCUCAGCCCCUCGGAGGACGUCAACGAGCGGCUGCAGCUCUUCGACGACCCGCGCAACAAGCGUGCCGUGGUGGUCAAGGGCCUGGAGGAGGUGACGGUCCACAACAAAGAUGAAGUCUAUCAGAUCCUGGAGCGAGGCUCUGCCAAGAGGAGGACGGCGUCCACGCUGAUGAACGCAUACUCCAGCCGCUCCCACUCCGUGUUCUCCGUCACCAUCCACAUGAAGGAGAUCACCCUGGACGGGGAGGAGCUGGUGAAGAUCGGCAAACUCAACCUGGUGGAUCUCGCCGGCAGCGAGAACAUCGGGCGCUCAGGGGCCGUAGAUAAACGGGCUCGUGAGGCGGGAAACAUCAACCAGUCCCUGCUGACGCUGGGCCGAGUGAUCACCGCCCUGGUGGAGAAGAGGCCUCACGUCCCGUACAGGGAGUCGAAGCUGACCAGGAUCCUCCAGGACUCCCUGGGGGGACGUACGAAAACAUCCAUCAUCGCCACGGUGUCUCCGUCCUCCAGCAACCUGGAGGAGACUCUGAGCACGCUGGAGUACGCCAGCAGAGCCAAGAACAUCAUGAACAAACCGGAGGUCAACCAGAAACUCACCAAGAGAACCCUCAUCAAGGAAUACACGGAGGACAUCGAGCGUCUGAAACGGGACCUGGCCGCCUCGCGGGAGAAGAACGGCAUCUACCUGUCGUCAGAAAACUACGAGAGCAUGAUGCUGCAGAUCACCUCUCAGGAGGGGCAGGUGGGAGAAUACGUGGACAAGAUCACCAUCAUGGAAGACGAGAUUAAGAAGGUGACCGAGCUGUUCGUUGACAACAAGGCCCAGCUGGAGCAGUGCACCGUGGUCCUGGAGGAGAAGCAGCAGAGGCUGGAGGAGACGAGCAGAGACCUGCAGCAGACCCAGGAGAAGCUGAUGGAGGAGGCCUUCAUCAGCUCAGAGCUCAGCUCCACGCAGGAGUCUCUGUACAACACGGCCGGACAGCUCCUGAGUGCGGCGGACGCCAGCACCAGCGACGUGUCGGGCCUCCACGCCAAGCUGGACAGGAAGAAGCAGGUGGAGCAACACAACGUGCAGGUUCAGCAGAGCUUCGCCCAGCGGAUGGACGGAGCCUUCAGCAGCAUGCAGCGCUGCGCCCAGCAGAACCGGGCCAAGCACCACGACAUGCUGAGCGGCUACGCCAAGGCCGUCGACGGGCUGCUGGCCGGGAACGAGGCGGCGCUGGACGGAGCCGUGGCCACCGUGGAGUCGUUGGUGGGCGGAGUCGGGUCUCUGGUGGCGGGCGGCGUGGCCCGCUGCAGGGAGAAGGUGCAGCAGCACGAAGCUCUGUGUCUGCAGGACAAGGAGGGUCUGCUGCAGCUGCUGGAGGAGCACCAGCAGGACAUGGAGGAGGUUCUGGCCACUCGCACCCUCAUGGGUUUAUCAGCUCUCAGCGACAUCAGCAGCGCCCUGAAGGCGUCGGUGGAGCAGCAGCGAGCUCUGGCUGACAACGUGGAGGCCAUGAAGGAGGUGGGUGUGUAUUUCAGCGGUCUGGUCCAGGAGCUGGCGGCUCUGCGGCAGACGGCCGUCCAGGGCCUGACCGGCCUGCAGGCCGAGCACGACAAGCUGGAGGACGAGAUCCGGCGGGCGCAGGACCGGCACGAGACGGGGAUGAAGCAGACCAUCCAGUGUCUGCAGGACCAGCUGAACCUGCUGGGCCUGCAGGUCCAGCAGGACUACACGGACCUGCGCUCGGCCUCCCGGGCCCUGCAGAAACCCGCGCAGAGCCUGCAGGAGAGCCUGAGCAGCGGCUGCAGCUCGGUGGAGCAGCAGACCUCGGACCGGGCCGACCUCCUCUGCACCACGUCCUCCUCCCUCGCCGCGUCUCUGCGAGACUCGGCCGGCGAGAACCAGCAGGUUCUGGAGGAGAUGAGCAGCUACUGCUCCGGCCUGCACAGCUCCGUGUCCGGUCUGGUGGAGCGGGACCUCCAGUGGAGCCAACGGGUCAGGGAACACGCCGACGCCCGGUCCCAGGAUCACCUGUCUCUGCUGGAGAACACCUCCACCGAGACCCGGACUCUGUGUCAGAGCGUGGAGACUCACUGCACCGACCAGCUCCGGACGGCCAGGGAACAUCUGUCCAGCCGGCAGGAGGAGGCCAAGCAGGCUCUGCUCACGGUGCAGAACCAGACCCGUCUGGACCGGGCUGCCGUGGACCAGCAGCAGGCCGGGCUGGAGGAGAGCAUGGAGGCGGGUCAGCGGCUGGUGCAGAACUUCCUGCUGGAGGAGCUGCAGCAGGACAACCCCACCGGUACGACGCCGCAGCGCCGCGAGUUCGUCUACCCGCGGGACCUGAGCAAAUCCCGGACCCGCGGCGAGCUGCUGGAGACGCUGCGGAGGAAGCAGCAGGAGCUGCGGUCAGCCAUGGAGGAAGAGGAGGAGGAGGAAGAGGAGGAGGAGGAGGACAAACGCAGCCAGGUGGACCACGAUUCGCUGGAGGAGAUGAGCAACUGCAACGAGAGCGUCGCCACGGAGCCGUCCUUCAUCGACGAGAACCUCGUCUUCAACGAGACCAAGAGAGUUCCCUUCUUCAAGCAGAAGAAAGGCGGGAGGAAGGACCCGAAGGCGUCCAGCAGACCCAAGUCUGUAGAGGACGACGCCACGCCGACGCCCCACAGGUCCAGACUGCCGCUGCGCUCCCAGAACUGAGGCACAACACCGGUUUCUUUUUAAUGAUAUUCUUUUAAAGACAUUGUUUAUUUUCUACUUGUACUGUUUUUGAUUUGUGAGUAAAAUAAAUAUUGAUUAAUCCUU